AUGAAGCACGGAAAUGGCACUGAGUCAUAUUUCCCAGUGUCGAAAACGUUUCCGAUGAAGAAACGAACUUACGGUAGGAAAGCGUUUCCGGCGUUUCAAAAUAUUGGAAAUCGGCAGCAAGAAGAAGAAGAAGAAGAAGAAGAAGAAGCAGUAGCAGUCGAAGGGAGAACGUCGAAAGCUUUGAAUAAAAGAAUAGUUAAUGAUUCUCCUCUUGGUAGAGCUUUUAACUUGAAAACUAGAGCUCAAUUAGACGCAGAGAUUGCUAGAAUGUUCUACACUGGGGGUCUACCUUUUAAUUUUGCUAGAAAUCCUUAUUAUGUGAGUUCUUAUUCUUUUGCUGCUAAUCAUGUUUUGGGUAGUUAUGUGCCGCCUGGUUAUAACAAAUUGAGAACCACAUUACUUCAGCAAGAAAAAGCAAAUGUAGAGAGGUUGCUUGAACCAAUUAAAAGCACUUGGUUAGAAAAUGGUGUUAGUAUUGUGAGUGAUGGAUGGAGUGAUCCCCAGAGGAGGCCUUUGAUUAAUUUUAUGGUUGUUUCUGAGUCUGGCCCCAUGUUUAUCAAAUUUGUAGAUUGUUCUGGUAAAGUGAAAGAUAAGCAAUUUAUUGCUAAUUUGCUAAAAGAAGUAAUUGAUGAGGUGGGUCAUCAAAAAGUGGUACAAGUCAUUACUGAUAAUGUUUCAAAUUGUAAAGGUGCUGGAGAAAUCAUUGAGGAAAUGUUUCCACAUAUUUAUUGGACUCAUUGUGUUGUGCACACUCUUAAUCUUGCUUUGAAGAAUAUAUGUGCAGCAAAAAAUUUGGAAACUAAUCAAGAAACUUAUGAUGUGUGUCACUGGAUCACUGAAAUCUAUGGGGAUGCUUUGCAAAUCAAGAAUUUUAUAAUGAAUCAUUUCAUGAGGCUUGCAAUUUAUAAUCGGUUUAGCCCUUUGAAGUUGCUUUCAGUUGCUAACACUCGUUUUACUUCUAUUAUUAUGAUGCUUAAAAGAUUUAAACUUAUUAGGCGUGCUUUAGAAGCAAUGGUUAUGAGUGAUCAAUUGGCACAAUACCGAGAAGAUGACCAAGGCAAAGCUAGAUUUUUUUGUGAUAAAGUGGUAGAUGAGGAUUGGUGA